AUGAUCUAUAACCUGCAUAUCUUCGACGGCAACGGUUUGUGUCGGUUCUCACUGAACAAAGAGGAGAGCGAAGACGCGACUCGACUGCUGUACGGAUUCCUAUACUCGUUGAAGUCGUUUACGGCCAGAAUUGGUCCCAUUCUUCGGCGCGACAAUGACUUCUUGACGUACUCUACGAACGCAUAUCAACUCAUUUUCUACGAAAUGCCCACUUCUGUCAAGUUUGUACUACUCGUGAGUCCCGACGCCACCAAAAACAACGAGUACUACAAACAACUGUUGCGAGACAUGUAUCGUAUCGUUUAUGUCGAGUAUUACGUCAAGAAUGUCAUCAAAACUGAUUCAGUCAUCGAUUCGCAACUGUUUCGCGACAAACUCAUUGAAGCUAAAGACGAGAGCUUUCGUUACGGAAAUUAUAACCGCUAUUAUGGCUAUAGAAAUGCCAAUCAAUUUGAUUCUCGUCUCGAAUGCCUUAAGAGAGAGUGGUUUGAAAACAAAGACAUUUUGGACAUUGGAUGCAAUGUCGGACACAUAACGCUAGCGAUUGCCAAGAAUUUUGAGCCAAAAAAGAUCAUUGGUUUGGAUAUCGAUAACUCUCUCAUAAGAAUUGCUAAUAAAAACAUUAGGCAUUACAUCACAUCCAGUGUUCUUCGGACACAAGACUUUCCCAUUUCAUUACCUCUAUUUCACGGGCCAUUGGCCUCAACCGCAGCACACGAUUCAAGCGAUGAUAAGCAGUGUUUCCCCCAAAAUGUGUGUUUCAUAACUGGAAACUAUGUGUCGGAAUGCGAAGAGCCGUCGAGUAUUCAAAAGCAACAGUUCGACACAAUUGUCUGCUUAAGUCUUACCAAAUGGGUUCACUUGAAUUGGGGCGACAAUGGAGUCAAGACUUUAUUCAAACGAAUCUUCUCUCAACUCCGACCCAACGGUAAACUCGUAUUAGAAGCGCAACCCUUCUGUUCAUAUAAGAAGAAAAAGAAAAUUAAUGAAACGAUUCAUAAAAAUUUUAAUGCAGUUAAGUUCAGACCCGAACAGUUCAAUGAAUACCUGCUUUCACGGGAAGUGGGGUUUAGCCAAUCAGAGCUAAUAGGGACGCCCGAAAACCCAUCCAAAGAUUCAAGACUUGGAUUAAACAAUGAGUUCACAAACAGAUCUGAAAUCGCUAUUAGAAAGUCUAAACCAUUAUAUGGACAACCAUUUAAUGGAAAUGCGGGUAAGAAAUGGCCUGAAGCAGACAUAGCUCUCAUUGGUUUGGCUGUCAUGGGACAGAACCUCAUCCUUAAUAUGGCUGACAAUGGAUUCACUGUGUGUGCAUACAAUCGGACGACUGAAAAAGUGGAUCAAUUCUUGCAAAAUGAGGCCAAAGGGAAGCGAGUGGUCGGCGCUCACAGUAUCAAAGAAAUGGUGGACAAACUGAAGAAACCGCGUCGAGUGAUACUUCUUGUGAAGGCCGGCUCUGCUGUCGACGACUUCAUUAAGCAAUUGAUUCCGCAUUUGGAAAAGGGAGACAUCAUUAUCGAUGGCGGAAACUCUGAAUACACGGACACUCAACGGCGCUGUAAAGAAUUGAAAGAGAAGGGACUUUUGUUCGUCGGCUCCGGUGUUAGCGGCGGUGAAGAGGGCGCCCGAUUUGGGCCGUCUAUAAUGCCUGGCGGACACCCCGAAGCUUGGCCUCAUAUUAAGCCAAUUUUCCAGAAGAUUGCGGCGAAAGCAGACGGCGAGCCGUGUUGUGAUUGGGUGGGAGAGGACGGCGCCGGCCAUUUCGUUAAGAUGGUUCACAACGGCAUCGAAUACGGAGACAUGCAAUUGAUAUGCGAGGCCUAUCACCUGUUGAAGGAUGUGCUCGGUUUGAAUCACGACGAGAUGGCAGACAUAUUCACCGAAUGGAAUAAAACAGAAUUGGAUUCAUUCCUCAUCGAAAUCACACGCGAUAUCUUGAAAUACAAGGACACCGAUGGGAAAGCAUUGGUCUCUAAGAUCUCAGACACUGCCGGACAGAAAGGGACGGGAAAAUGGACGGCCAUCUCUGCGCUGGAUUAUGGCGUUCCGGUCACACUAAUUGGCGAAUCAGUGUUCGCCCGAUGCCUGUCGUCGCUGAAGACGGAGAGAGUGAGCGCCAGUAAAGUACUGAAAGGUCCACAAAUCAAGUUCACUGGCGAUCGGAAACAAUUCAUCGACGAUAUAAAGUACGCUCUGUACGCCUCGAAGAUCAUCUCUUACGCCCAGGGAUUCAUGCUUUUGAGAGAAGCGGCCCAACAGUUCAAAUGGAACCUCAAUUACGGCGGCAUUGCGUUGAUGUGGAGGGGAGGCUGUAUUAUACGGUCCGUAUUUCUGGGCAACAUUAAGACCGCGUUCACCAAAAAUCCCAAACUCACUAACCUAUUGGUCGACGACUUUUUUCGCCAAGAGAUCAGCAAAUGCCAGGACUCGUGGCGACGCGUCGUGUCGAACGCUGUCCUCCUGGGAAUCCCGACGCCGUGUUUCAGUACAGCCCUCGCAUUCUUCGACGGUUAUCGUACGGCAACACUGCCGGCGAAUCUAAUCCAAGCGCAACGCGAUUACUUCGGCGCUCAUACUUACGAACUGUUAACAAAUCCGGGAAAAUGGAUUCACACCAACUGGACUGGAAAGGGAGGCAACGUUUCCGCUUCCAGUUAUAACGCAUAAUAGUUUUAGCGCUUGUUUUUAAUCGUUAAUACAAUUAGCAAUAAUUUUUGUCAACGAAUUCAAA